UGCUUGGCCCUGAGAGUGACGGAUGUGGUGUUGAAAGAGGAAGCACAGCUUGUACUGCUGCCAGUGUCUGAGGAAUGAAGACAGUCGCAACACUGAAGGUAUGAUAGAAAACUCAAGUGUGCUGGCUGCAGUCCUGACAGUUGUGUCGGUGUUGUCACUGAGUCUGAUGUCGGUCCUCUGCCUACGAUGCAAAAAGAAAUCCAAAAUCAUACACGAGGAGCACCAAAUAUACGACCCACAGCCACAGACAUUCCUACGUGGGGGAAGUAUGUUUGCUGUGACACAAUCAAAAACAGUUACCAGAGCAAAUCAGAUCACUUCAACCACAGUUGAAAUUCAAGAGAAUUUUGAGGACCUUUCAACAGCUGCAAACGAUGAACAGUCAGACUAUCAAAAUAUCUCAGAUGCUCAAACAGGAGGUCCUGAACAUACAUAUGUAGAUCCACUCCCAAUCUCAGUGUAUGAAAAUGAAAAGACUGGCUCAAGAUUAACAGAUGCUGGUGAGACUCCAGGUGUCUAUGAGAACAUCAUCACAUCAUUGGCAAUAAAAGAUGAUGAUGACGACUACGAGAACUCUGACUUUCUGGGCCGAGUGCAAGAGCAAGAGGACGAUGAACCAGAUUAUGUGAAUGAAAAUGGCUGACUGCACCUGAUGCGGACUCCACUGACAGCACCAGAAAACAUCAGCCUGCACUCUGUAGUUUCUAUUUUCUGAAAUUGAGAGUAAAAGUUACAUUUCUUUAUUCCUGCACUGUCAUGUGAAUAAAAUGAGGUUGGACCUUUAUUGUGUGCGAAAACUGAGGCUGCCAUCUAGUGGUUAAAAAUCCACAGACAUAAAAGACAAAUGUUUUUUUUUAUAAUCUUGUCGAAGAAUUUGAUGUGAACUUCAGAGUAAUAAACAAGGUUGUGGGUUUACAUGUGAAAUGGAAGGUUUGGGGGUCCUCUGCCAAAAAAAUCUGAGCAUUUAUAUUUAAUUUUGUGAAUUCUGGUGACUUUUUAUGCACCAAUUUAAGCAUUUUCAGCAUCA